GCGAGGCUUGGAAAGCGCGCGGUUUUCACGCCGGGGGAAGCGGCGGCGGCACUUUUCUCUCGCUCUCUGGCGCGCGGAGGGGAGCGGCCAUGCCGGUGGAGCGCGGCGCUGGUGACGCCUCGGGCGGGAGCGCCUCAGGGCUCCUGGCGGCGGCGGCAGAAAGGAGGGGCGAGACGGAGGAGGAGGCCGUGAUCACGCCGGCCAUGCGGCAGGAGGAGCAGCAGCUGGAGGCCCAGGGGCGGGAGGAGGAGAGGCAGAUCAUGGAGCAGGCUCGCAUGUCCUGGGAUAGAGAUUCAGGUGAAAUGCGCCUUAAGAGGCUUCAACACUUGCUUGAGAAAAGCAAUAUCUAUUCAAAGUUCUUGCUGACCAAAAUGGAGCAGCAGCAGCUGGAGGAGCAACAGAAAAAAGAAAAACUAGAAAGAAAAGAAAUGUUAAAAACCAUGAAGAAUGAAAAACUUACUGGCGAAAAAGGAGGCAAACUUGGUGCAAAAAAGAGAUCCAGAGACGAUGAAACAUACAAUAUCUCUGAUGUCAUGUCUAAGGAGGAAAUUUUGUCAGCGGCCAAAAAAAGUAAAGCCGAAGACAAUCAGAAUGAAAGCUCAUCUCUGAAACUGUGCGCAGAGGAAUUCCAAAAUAAUGGGGACUCAAAUAGCAUUAUUAAGAACAGGUUGGCACAGGCAAUGCGCCACAGCGCCAAGCAUUUCAUUGACCCGACGCGGAUGUUUAAUGACCAGCCGGUUCCUUUUCAGCAGCCCAAACUCUUCUCUGGAGGGAUAAUGAGAUGGUACCAAGUGGAAGGCAUGGAAUGGUUGAGGAUGCUAUGGGAGAAUGGCAUCAAUGGUAUUCUGGCCGAUGAGAUGGGUUUAGGGAAGACAAUCCAGUGCAUCGCAACAGUGGCCCUGAUGGUGGAGAGGGGGGUCACGGGGCCCUUCCUGGUGUGUGGGCCUCUGUCCACUCUUCCUAACUGGAUGGCAGAAUUCAAAAGAUUUGCUCCUGAGGUCCCCAUAAUGCUGUAUCACGGCACCCAGCAAGAGCGACGUGCGAGGCUUCAUAAGAUCCGAAAGAGGCAUGGGUCUCUGAAUGUCCAUCCUGUGGUCAUCACUUCUUUUGAAAUAGCCAUGAGAGACAGGCAUUCUCUUCAGAACUUCUACUGGAAGUACUUGAUAGUGGACGAAGGGCACAGGAUUAAGAAUAUGAACUGUCGUCUCAUCAAGGAAUUAAAACAGUUUAGGACAGACAAUAAGCUGCUGUUAACUGGCACUCCCUUGCAGAACAAUUUGUCUGAGCUUUGGUCCCUGCUGAACUUCCUGCUGCCAGAUGUCUUUGAUGACUUGAGAAGCUUUGAGUCCUGGUUUGACAUUAGUAGUAUUUCUGAAACUGCUGAAGAUAUUGUUGCUAAAGAAAGAGAGCAGAACAUCUUGCACAUGUUGCACCAGAUUUUGACCCCUUUCUUACUGAGAAGACUGAAAUCAGAUGUUGCUUUAGAGGUUCCUCCCAAGCGUGAAGUUGUCGUCUACGCACCUCUUGUAAAGAAGCAGGAAACUUUUUACACUGCUAUUGUCAACAAGACAAUUCGGAAGCUGCUGGAGGAUGACCAGGAGCCAGUGGUUGAAUUGAACUCUGCAGGCAGACCAAAACGUCGAAGUCGGAAGCUGAUUAACUAUCGUGAGCCUGGUGAAAACGAUUUCCCUGAUGAACUGGAAGUACUGAUCAGCAAAAGGCAAGAGGAAGUUGAAAAGGAGAGGCCUGUGAUAGAAGUGAACGUGCCUUCGGACUCAGAAAUCAACCUGAAGCUGCAGAACAUUAUGAUGGUGUUAAGGAAGUGCUGCAACCAUCCAUACCUCAUUGAAUAUCCUUUGGACCCUGCCACCCAGCAGUUUAAGGUUGAUGAGGAUCUAGUGAAGAAUUCAGGCAAGUUCUUGCUCUUGGAUCGCAUGCUGCCAGAACUCAAGAAGCGGGCCCACAAGGUGCUGGUAUUCUCACAGAUGACCAAAAUGCUGGACAUCUUGAUGGACUACUGCUAUCUGAGGGACUACCAGUUCAGCCGCCUGGAUGGGACCAUGUCCUAUGCAGAAAGGGAGGAAAAUAUGCGUAACUUUAACACGGAUCCAGAAGUUUUUCUCUUCCUGUUGAGCACACGGGCUGGAGGUCUUGGUAUCAAUUUGACGGCUGCCGACACAGUCAUCAUUUAUGACAGUGACUGGAAUCCUCAGUCUGACAUUCAGGCCCAGGAUCGCUGCCACAGAAUCGGCCAGACAAAGCCAGUGGUUGUGUACCGUUUUGUAACCGCAAACACCAUUGACCAGAAGAUUGUGGAGAGAGCAGCUGCCAAAAGGAAGUUGGAGAAACUGGUCAUCCACAAAAAUCAAUUUAAAGGGGGCAGACUUGGUGCGAACAAGAGCUGCUUAGAUCCCCAGGAACUGAUGGAGCUGCUGCAAUCCAGGGACUACGACAGGGAAGUUAAAGGAUCCAGAGAGAAAGUUAUAUCUGACCAAGAUCUAGAGCUACUGCUGGAUAGAAGUGACCUUCUUGAUCAAAUGAAAAUGACUGUACCGCUUAAACAGAAAAAGGGAGUUUUCACUGUCUUGGAAACCACGGAAGAUGCCGGCAUAGAAAGUGUACUAUGAAAGAGGAGCACCUUGCCUUCAGAGGACAACAUGCACCCGAUCGAUCUGAACUCAGAAAGAACUCUGCCAAGAUGGACAUAUUCCAGCAUUCUCGACCUUGGUUCUGAGUAUAGUAUUCUUAAGUGAUAAUAGAAGACUGUAAAAUGUAAUUUAGCUAAAUUGGCCUAAUUAGUGGCUUUUAGGGGGAGCUCCUUGUUGAUAAAUAACUGACAUAAUUUUUCUGGCUUUCAUUGCACCUGUUAAGCUGCUCAAUAUGUACAGUUCUCUGGAAGUCCUGCUUAGAAAAGCUUUUGCUUUUUAAACAAUGUUUUGAUUCCUGGUGGUUUUAUGCAGACAGAAGAGAGUCCCCAUGUUCCUUGUUCACCAGGUGUGACUUUAGUUUUUGGUAACUGCAAAGAGAAUUUAUUUGCGUUAAACCUGAAGUAUGAACUUUAGUUUUGGAGCAGCGGCACAUCUGCAGCACGGUGGCUGCAGAGGGACAGGCUUGCGAACUCCUUAGGACCCUGCUGGAGAGACGUCUUCUGCAAUUGGACUGUUUGUUUUUAGAGGCACCACUAAAAAAAGGUUACCUUCAGCAAGCAAGCUGAAGAUCUUUUCUGAAGCUACUGUUUUCUUUUAACUACCUUUUUUGAAUUCGUGUGUUUUUUAAGUCUGGGUUUUGAGGCUCUGUACUUCUUAUCUAACACUUGGAAGAACCAGGGGCCGCUGAAGCGGGCAGUGCCCGGCAGCAGCUGGCAUGACCCUCCUGGCUCGCUCUUCCUGUGUUCACCGUUUGACAUCUGUUUUGGUCCUGGUUUGUUAUGCAAAACAAUAAAAAUGACUCUUCCAUGUUAA